AAGGACUGAUCGAUCCGAGCGUCCCGCCAUAUUGUGGAGCGAGGGAGUUUCUGUGCAUUACUUGCGAGUGUGAGGGUGUGGGUGGGUGUCGGCGGUCUCUGUUCACCGCCGCGUCGGAUGUACAUUGACUUUGUGACAGCUCAGACCCUACUUUGAAGCCUCUGCCAAGUAAGAACUGGAUGUUAAAGCUCCAGGAGACGUCCAUUGUUUGCUGGUGAGAAGAACAACCCGUCAGACAGAAAAGGUGAGAGCAGCUGAUGACCACUGCCUGUGUCAGGGAGUCCAGGUGCUUAGGUUAAAGGAGGUGCCGGGACGCCCACGCCCCCACCCGCGCCGUCGCCAUGCUGGAACCAAGCAGCUCUGAGGAGGAAUCUGAGGCGGAGGUGCAGGAGGAGGUUCCUUCACGCCUGCCCUCUCGCCCCUCCGGCCCUCCCUCAGCUCACGACCACCAUGCUACGGAUGGAGGGAGUUCGGGGCCCACCCCGCACCCCUCCCUGCAGGUGCCCCAGACCGGCACCCUCCCUAGACGGCCAAGCAUAAGAACCAGCCAGGGGUAUGAUACUAGAAGCGGGUCCCCGGGGAGCACCUUGAGUGUGGACACCCUGAGUGUGGGCGGAGGGUCGAGGGCCAACUCCCUGCCUCGACCCACUUCGCCAUCGCCAUCCGUCAUGAGUGACAAGCCGCCAGCUCAGGAGGACCCAGCUGAGAAACAGGAGCGCGAAGAGGAAGAGAGGAAGAAACGCCUGCAGUUGUAUGUGUUUAUUCUGCGUUGUGUCGCCUACCCGUUCAACGCCAAGCAGCCCACGGACAUGACCAAGAGGCAGAUCAAAGUCACCAAGCACCAACUGGACGUCAUUCAGGGGCGCUUCCAGAGCUUUCUGAAAGGAGAGCUGCAGAUAGCAGCAGACGAAGCCUUCAUCAACGCCGUGCAGAGUUAUUAUGAGAUCUUCCUCAAGAACGAGCGCCUCGCUUCCAUGGUGACUUCCGGUGCCUGCUCCCAGCAUGACCUAAGGGAAGUCUUCAAACACAACGUGGAAAAGAGAGUCAGGUCCCUCCCGGAAAUUGAUGGUCUCAGUAAGGAGACUGUGCUCACCUCCUGGAUGGCCAAGUUUGACAUGAUAAUUAAAGGUGAAGAAGACAGCAAGAGGCCAGGUCGGAUGCAGCAACCGCUCAACAGUGAGCUCAUUAUGCCUAAAGAGCAACUCUUUGACAUGUUUCAGCAAAUCUUAGGCAUCAAGAAAUUUGAGCACCAGCUGCUGUUCAAUGCACUUCAGCUGGACAGCCAAGAUGAACAAGCUGCAGCUAUCCGGAGAGAGUUGGAUGGACGCAUGCAAAAGGUUGCAGAACUAGAGAGGAAUCGCAAGCUGAUGCCCAAGUUUGUGGUGAAAGAAAUGGAGUCCCUUUAUCUGGAGGAGCUUAAGACUUCAAUAAACCUCUUGAUGGCCAACCUAGAGAGUCUUCCUGUUUCAAAAUGUUCACAGGAGGGCAAAUAUGGGUUACAAAAACUCAGAAAGUACAAUCAUAGCCGGAGACGCAGCUCAGUCUUAAGGCAGGUAGCUGAGUGCAUGUCAGUUGUAUCUCGCUCGCUCGGACUGACUCCCUUUUUGGCACACUAUUUGCAAGUUUAUGGCUCUCUCAGCAGGUCUCAGAGCUCGUUAAGUGGCCGCGAUAGUGACAGUAUGGACAACGAAGUGACGCUUUCCAAGAUGGAUGUUGUCCUGUCCUUUGCUCUUGAGGUGCUGGUGAUGGAGGUGCGGGAGAUCAAACAUCUACCACCAAACAGAAUAGUUUACUGCACGAUGGAGGUGGAGGGUGGAGAAAAGCUUCAGACUGACCAAGCAGAGGCAUCAAAACCAAUGUGGGACACACAAGGGGAUUUCACAACAACGCAUCCACUACCUGGUGUCAAAGUAAAGCUGUAUACAGAAUCAGCAUCUAUGCUUUCCCUAGAUGAUAAAGAACUAGGCAAGGUUGUUCUACAUCCCACAGCCAUGUCAUCCAAGGUACCUGAAUGGUACAAGAUGCAAGUUCCAAAAAAUUCACCUGAAAAUAAUCUUAGAAUUAAGAUUGCUGUCAGAAUGGAUAAACCACAAAACUUAAAACAUUGUGGCCAUCUGUAUGCUCUAGGGAAGAGUUGCUGGAAAAAGUGGAAGAAACGGUAUUUUUGUUUAGUACAAGUGUCCCAGUACACAUUUGCCAUGUGUAGCUACAGAGAGAAGAAAAGCGAACCCACCGAGAUGAUGCAGCUGGACGGGUAUACAGUGGACUACAUUGAGGCAGUGUCAGCUCAGCUUAUGGUUGGAAUGGAUCUAGAAGGUGGUAGAUUUUUCUUCAAUGCUGUAAGAGAAGGAGAAUCAAUACUUUAUGCAACAGAAGAUGAAAAUGAGUCUCAUCAGUGGGUGACGGCACUAUACCGGGCCACAGGACAGGCCCACAAGCCCACCCCUCCUGUUAUGCCUCAGGGGAAAAAUUCUACUUUAUCAAAAAUUCAAGGAGAUGCUGACAAGGCCAAGAAACAUGGAAUGGAUGAAUAUAUUGGUGCAGAUCCUGUCAGAUUUGAUCACCACAACCUUUUUAGAAUUCUACAAGGGCAAACACUAGAAUAUCGUCUUGUUGAUCCAUAUUGUUCUUUAGGAUGGUUCAGUCCUGGGCAGAUUUUUGUGUUAGAUGAGUACCAGGCUCGAUAUGGUGUGAGGGGAUGCUACCGACACUUGUGUUAUCUGGAGGAUCUCCUAGAUCGUGCUGAGAAGGGCCAGAUGAUUGACCCAACCCUAAUUCACUACUCCUUUGCCUUCUGUGCCUCCCAUGUACAUGGGAAUAGUCAUCAAGCAUUAAGCCCCGCCGAGGAUGGGACAGUGUCAGUAGGCCAAGAACAAACUCAAGGCCCAAUAGCCCCUAACGUACCAUUUCCAACAAGACCUGAUGGUGUGGGGACCGUCCUGGCAGAAGAGAAGGAGCGCUUCCAACACAUCAAGGAGAGACUAAGAGUCUUACUUGAACACCAAAUUACAAAUUUUAUGUAUUGUUUCCCAUUUGGUCGACCAGAAGGUGCCCUUAAAGCCACAUUAUCUUUACUUGAACGGGUGUUGAUGAAGGAUAUAGUUACUCCAGUUCCACCUGAAGAAGUGAGAGGCAUGAUUAAGAAGUGCCUAGAAAAUGCUGCUCUCCUCAACUACACUCGUCUCUCAGCAGAAACCAGAAUUGAGGGUGGUGAAUCAACCCUUCAAGAGGAUCUAAGUGGUGAGAAUGCUGUGUCAGCUAGCAGGAAAUUGGAUGACCUAAUCCACCUGGCAGAGCUUUGUGUUGACCUCUUGCAGCAGAAUGAAGAGCACCAUGCUGAGGCAUUUGCAUGGUUCAGUGACCUUUUAGUGGAGCAUGCAGAGAUCUUCUGGUCCCUGUUUGCUGUGGACAUGGACCAAGUAUUAGCAGAACAACCCCCUGAUACCUGGGACUCCUUCCCACUCUUCCAGAUACUAAAUGACUACCUAAGAACAGAUGAUAACCUAAAAAAUGGACGGUUUCAUCAACACCUCAGAGAAACAUUCGCUCCAAUGGUUGUUCGAUAUGUGGAUCUGAUGGAGUCUUCAAUAGCCCAAUCCAUCCACAAAGGCUUCGAGAAGGAACGGUGGGAGAAUAAGGGGAAACCUUCAUCUCCGUCGGACUCGGAACCCCCCAAAAAAGUGGAUCCAGUGGUGCUCGCCAGGAAUGGGUGUGCAACCUCCGAGGAUCUAUUCUGGAAGUUAGAUGCCUUACAGUCUUUCAUUCGAGACCUUCAUUGGCCAGACCAUGAUUUUGCCAAACACCUUGAACAAAGGUUAAAGUUGAUGGCAUGUGAUAUGAUUGAGUCCUGUAUCACAAGGACAGAUCAAGCCUUCCAACAGUGGUUGAAAAAGGGUACCGGCUUUGUCUCCACAGACUAUGUGCUCCCAUCAGAAAUGUGUGCCAUGGUCAAUGUUAUUCUUGAUGCCAAAAAUCAGUCUUUCAAACUGUGUGCAGUGGAUGGGGUAGAUGUGCAUCAGUAUCACACCAAAAUUGAUGACCUCAUUGAAAGAACCAGCACAUCCAUGACUCAAGGAAUGACAGACAAGCUACUUUCAGUACUUGAAUCAGUUAUAUCCAAGCUGGGCAGAUACGACGAAGGCAGCUUCAUUGGGUCAAUACUGUCCUUUACGUAUCGUCAGAAUGUAAGUGGAUCAGGAAAGGAGUUGGGAAAGGCAUACAUCAACUUUGCCAGGAACUCUAUGGACCAGAUCAGACAAAAAGUUAAUGAUGAGCUCUGGAUUCUCAACCUGUUUGAGCAAUGGUAUGCAGCACAAGUCACGAUGCUUUGUUCAUGGUUAAGUGAAAGACUAGAUCACAACCUGCACCCAUAUCAAUGUACCUGUUUAGCCCACAUUGUUAAGCUCAUAUUCUCAGAUUUCACAGCGUAUGGGCUAGGUCAUGAACAGACUGGGAUUCAGGCCUACGUAGUGAAAAUUUAUUCGGAUUUUGAACUGCAAGGGAUCAUGGAGGAGAAACUGAAUACCAAAACAUACCAAACCAUCAGCCAACGCAUGGCCACGGAGGAAGCUGCCUGUGCCCUUCUUGAGGGAAGCAGGAGAGAUGAUGAGGACUAUCCAGAAACAGGAAUUGAAGAUGAUAUGGAGAAGAAGCCAAAGGUCACAGCUCAACUUAGCCAAACACUUGGAGAGGAUCCUGCCAAUUAUGUUGCUAAGGUAUCAAAUGUGGCAGGAAAUGUGGCUGGAAAAGUUGGAAAUGUAUUUGGUGGUCUGAGUAAAGGAAUUGGAGGAAUUACUGGUAAAUUUGGAGGUGGAGGGUUCUUCUAAGAAAAACACUUCAUCUGCAAAGGAAAAGAAAUGUCAGGAUGUUAUAAUUCUUCUUGCUGAUUGACUAUACAAUCCUUACAGCUAUUUCUUUUCUCCUGAUAAAGGCUUUUAAGGGAUUUUUAGUUGGGAAUUAAUUACCCAAAAAUUAAAAAUGAUGUGGCACCUCUCACAGAAAAAAAAAUAAGUUUAGUGAUUUUAAUACAUUUUUCAUUAUAGAACUAUCAAGAAUAAAAGUAGUUUAUGUAUUAAAUUUCAUGUCAUCUCUUUACUACCUGCAAAUAAUGAAGGUGAACUAUCAGAACAGUUUGUACUUUAUAUAUAGCUAAGCAAUCUUCCUGAAAUUACUGCCAGCAACUUCAACAACACACAGCUCCUUCUUUGUAAAAAGCAUGAAGAAAUUAUUUAAAUCCAUUACUGUGCUGCAUUAAUUGCAGAGUUUUGUGCAGGUUGAGAAAACUAAAAGAAAACUCAAUUGCAGGCUUUGAUAGAGCUUCCAUAAAGAAUGGUGCAUGAAAAGAUGUUCUGAGGAUCACAACAUAAGAAAUUUUUAGGUUUUGUUUUAAUAUUACCACUAAUUUUAUAUACCUUAUUGAUUUUUGUAUAGUAUAACAAUGAGCUCUGUGUUAAAUAAUAACAAAUAGAACCAAUAUACACCAACCUCAUCAUACAUGAAUAUGAUCUCCCACAUGUCUUGAUAUGCCAAAUAAUAUAAAAUUAUUAAUGGUAGGUCAGUGAUAAUGAUAGUUUUCCUUGCAUCUUAAAUUUUUAAGUAAAAGAGAUAAAAGUUCUGUUCAAUUUUCUAUUACCUUAAUUUCAGUGACUGCUUACAUCUAUAAAUUAAUGAUGACAGUAAGAAUAUUAAUAAUUAUACAGAACAAAAAUAUUCAUCAAAAUUAGAACAAUGAUUAAUAUUGAACAUUAAAAAGAAAAGGAAAAAAAAA